UGUUCAUGUUUUAACACGACGCUAAUAAUGACACGAAUGAAUUGUCACACUUUUUUUGUUUUGGGUACGCACACGCCUGGAAAGUGGGAAUUAAGAUCUUUCUAGCUAGUGGAGAAAAAAAAAAAAAAAUUAACAAAAAUUAAUAAUAAGAAUAAUAAUAAUAGUAGGAGUUGACCAGAUCGAAAGUGGACUACUUGGAACUACUGAAAAGAUACAUACGAGUGGGUAGGACUCCAUCACAUUAUUAACGACCUAGGGUGGGUCCAUACAUUGAUGCAGGCAUGAGUUGCUGCCCUUUCUUUUUUUUAUAAAUAGUUGAGUUGAUCAUGUUAUGUAAUCAUAAAGCAAAUCUCUUGAUUGAUUGCAUUAAUUAUUUUGCUAUAGUUCUAACUCAAAACCUCAAAUGGCUACUGAAUCCACGGGAAGAAAGUUGGUGACGGUGUUGAGCAUCGAUGGAGGUGGCAUUAGAGGUAUCAUUCCCGGUACCAUGCUUGCCCAUCUCGAAAAACAGCUUCAGGAUCUUGAUGGUCCAAGUGCAAGAAUUGCAGAUUAUUUCGAUGUUAUUGCUGGGACUAGCACCGGUGGUCUGGUCACCGCCAUGCUUACAGCUCCUGAUAAGGAUAAGCGCCCUAUUAAGAAGGCUGAGGACAUCAAUGAGUUCUACUUAAAAAACGCUCCCCAAAUCUUUCACCAAUUUAGCUGGUUUGACUUGGUGGGUAAGGUGGCGCGUUAUAUUCGCAUGGUGUUCAGGCCAAAGUAUGACGGAAAGGACCUGAAGAGAAUAACAAAGGAGCUACUUAAUGAAACUACCAUCAAAGAAACCGUAACAAAUGUGGUCAUACCAACUUUCGACAUCAACCUGCUCCAGCCAAUUAUCUUCUCUACGUCUGAGGCAAGAGAUGAUGAAGCUAAGAAUGCUCUGCUAUCGGAUAUCUGCCUCGGCACCUCUGCAGCUCCCACUUAUCUCCCAGCACACAGUUUUGAUCCUAUCGAUAGUGGCGAAACAAAACACACUUUUAACCCCAAAACAACACACAUUUUUAACCUCAUCGAUGGUGGCCUUGCUGCAAAUAAUCCUACUCUAGUGGCCAUAUGUCACGCUACGAAAGAAAUGUCGGCGGAAGGCACGAAAAUGCUUGUCCUAUCAUUGGGCACUGGUGCAGCCAAACACAAAACCUACAGUGCGACAAAAGCCUCCAAGUGGGGUUUCUUAGGUUGGGCAUGUUACUUUGGGUCCAAUCCAAUUCUUGACGUUUAUGGUGAUGCAAGCUCUGAUAUGGUUGAUAUUCAUGUUUCUAAUUUCUUUGAAGCCCACAAAUGCCCAGAAAACUACCUUCGCAUUCAGACUGAUCGUUUGAAGGGUGAGGAAUCUUCGGUUGAUAUUGCAACAGAAAAGAAUCUGGCAAACCUUGUGGUUACUGGAAAGAAGCUAUUACAGGGGAAGGUUUCAAGGGUCGAUUUGGGAACAGGCAAGUAUAAGGAAGCACCUGGAGAAUACAGUAAUGAAAAAGCACUUGACGACUUUGCCCAGAAGCUUUGGGAAGAAAAGAAAUUCCGCAAAGAUUUUUUAGAGAAAAAACACUCAGAAGAGAAUUAAAUCAUUUUCAAAGUUGAGUUGAUGUUUAGAGAUCUCUCUCUGAUACACAUUGUUUCAACAAUAAGAAGGGAUGAU